AUGACGUUUUCUCUGGUUCUCCUCUUUGCAGCUUCCUCUCUCUUCCUCCAUGGAACCACCAUUCAUGGUGAGAUUAUAUGUGAGGAUUUGACCAAGGAUAAUUGUUCCUUUGCUAUUUCGUAUACCGGAAAGAGAUGCGUGUUGGAGGAUUUCGAGGAUAAGAAAGGAAAAGUGGAGUAUCAAUGCCGGACGUCGGAAGUGGUGGUGGAGAUGAUGUGGAAUCACAUCGAGACUGAUGAAUGUGUUAGGGCUUGCGGUGUUGAUAGAAACGCCACCGGAAUUUCCUCCGAUUCGUUGCUUGAUAAAAACUCAAUCGUUACUCUCUGCUCACCACCGUGUUACCAGAAAUGCCCUAACAUCGUCGAUCUUCACUUCAAUUUGGCCGUCGGUGAAGGCGUAUCAUUGCCGGAUCUGUGCGAGCAACAGCGUAGCAAUCCUGAUUGUGCCAUGAUCGAUCUUCUAAGCUCUGGUGCUGCUUCUGGUCCGGUGGGUAGUGAAGCAUCUCGUCUGUUUAGUGCUGCACCAUCCCCUUUUUCCCUCUAAUUCAUUUUGUGUUUGAUAUACACAUAUGAUGAUGAUUGAUGA